GAUGUUUGGACAAUUUUACUGCCAGACGAUGUUUGUGGUUGAUGAUUUCUUCGUCCACCAUUUCCAUUUGUCAUCUCUUUAAUAUUUUUUUAGAUGCUCAAUAGUAGCCUAUGAUGGUUCAUGCAAUACAGCCUUCAGCUUUGGCGUUUAACUACUAAGCCACAACACCCUAACCUAUAUUUACCAUACGAUGUUAAAUGAUCUUAUUUCUAGGCACACUAGAUUGAAUAAACGCUGUGUAUUUAGUGAGCUCAUUGGGCUUUAAGAUGUCAAAACAAGCAGCUCUUUAGGUUUUGAGACACUCACUAAAGCUGUCCAGAUAGACAGGUCGUGUUGUAACAGACAGUCUGAGCAGGAACAGACACGCUUCUUCCUGUCUGAAGAGUUCCCGUCUCGCUCUGACUCAUGUCGUCGAUCCGAAUCACUCUUAUAUAAGCGCGAGGAUCAGACUGAUGGGACUCGGAUCAGAAUGAUGGGACUCGGAUCAGACUGAUGGGACUCGGAUCAGAUGUGUCAUGGGGUUCGGAUCGCUUCUUCUCGGAUGUUUUCUCACGUCUGGUGCAUCGCUUGUGCUCCAUACAGCCAAUCCAAACAGUGUGUGUAGGUCAUGUGACCCUCGGGCAGCCAGCUGCAGCAAACAGUACUGCACGUCAAACUGUAACGUGUCAAAGAUCUGUCCCAAUCCAGAGGACGUCUGCGCUGGGGUCUGGUGGAGGGACGAUGGAGUUGUUACUAUAGAAACCAUGUGUCACGACCCCACGCAGCCGCUGCACGGAGUGAUGUUAAAGGACUUUAGCUCCUCAGGCUGUUUGCUGACAUCAACAUUCAAAGGAGGUCGUGACCUCCGUCUGUGUGCAUGUACAGGACGCGCGUGUAAUGAUCGUGUUCUCCUUGACAAGCAAACAACAUCACGUGUCGAGGAGAAUAAAGGGCCUUUCCAACUCCCUCAGCUUUGUAGAUUCUGUGAUGUUGAAUCUACAACAUGCAACACCUCUGGAAUCUGUGAACCCACCUGUAACCUCACAUCUGUGUGCGAGAGUCCACGUGAGGUGUGCGCCAGCUCAUGGAGGAGAGUUAAUGGGGUGAGUGUUGUAGAGACUGUGUGUCAUGAUCCAGAGCUGCAGUUUCACGAUCAGCACUUACUGGAUUCUAACAGCAGCAUCUGUAUGAUGAAACCAGUGAAGUCUUCUGAAGACAUCUACAUCUGCUCCUGUAACACUGAACUAUGCAACGCUAAACUCAUCUUCACUCACAACGUUGUUCCAGCAGAAGAAGAGAAGAGCGGCGUUGAGCAGAUGUUGUUGCUCGUUCUGGUUCCUCUCGUGAUCUGUGCUCUCGUCGUGGUCUCGUUCUUCUACUGCUACAUCAUCUCCUGUCAUCUCAAAGCCAACAACUCCAAGACAACCGUGACGGACAUGGAGGCCUACACCGCCAUCAUCAGCGACGACAACUGUCUGAAUCACAACACGGAGCUGUUGCCCAUCCAGCUGGACGUCACCGUGGGGAAAGGCCGUUUCUCUGAGGUCUACAGAGCCAAACUCAAGCAGAACAUCAGCGGAGAACCCUUCCAAACCGUCGCCGUGAAGAUCUUUCCUUGUGAAGAAUACGCCUCGUGGAAAACCGAACGGGAGAUUUUCUCAGACAGCGAUCUUCGGCACGAGAACAUUUUGCACUUUCUGACCGCCGAGGAGCGGAAGGUGGAACGACAGUAUUGGCUGAUAACAGCCUAUCACGAGCGAGGGAACCUGCAGGAAUUCCUGUCCCGCCACGUCGUGAGCUGGGAGGAGCUUUGCCGAUUGGGCGUGUCACUGGCGAGGGGCGUGGCACAUCUACACAGCGACCAGACGGCAUGCAGGAGACCCAAAGUGCCCAUCGUGCACAGAGACCUAAAGAGCACAAACGUUCUGGUGAGGACGGAUCUCACCUGCUGCCUGUGUGACUUUGGCCUCAGUCUGCGAUUGGAUAACUCCAUGUCUCCUGAAAAACUGGCCAACAGCGGACAGGUCGGCACAGCUCGAUAUAUGGCUCCUGAGGUGCUGGAGUCCAGAAUGGACCUGGAGAACAUCGAGUCCUUCAAACAGGCUGAUGUUUAUUCCAUGGCUCUCAUUCUGUGGGAGAUCAUGUCCAGGUGCAGCGUGAUUGGAGACGUGAGAGAAUAUAAACCUCCGUUUGGGACGUUCGGUGAACGUCCAUGUGUGGACAGCAUGAAGGAUCAUGUGAUCAGAGAUCAACUGAGACCAGAGAUACCGGCCACCUGGAACAGCCACACGGGUAUUGGUUUCUUGAGUUCUACUAUCGAGGAGUGUUGGGAUCAUGAUCCAGAGUCGCGUCUCACUGCUCAGUGUGUCGUGGAGCGUUUCGAUGACAUCAUCAGCUGUGCGGUUCUCUUCCCCGACAGCUCACAGCAGAAGAGCCCGAACAGUUCUGAGGAACGAAUCUCUUGUCAUUCCAUACAAUCAUGAGCGAAAUCACCUGGUCACCAUGGAAACGGAUUUCAUUUGCAACACUGACCCACCUGUGAUUUUACAAAUUGGAGCCAGAAACAAUUAUCAACGCAUUUAUUUCCGAUCUAUAUACAUUUAUACACAUGAACGUUACGCAAUGUUUCCCAAAGAAUAUGACGCCGGGAGCUUUCCACAUCAUCUUAUGUGUGUGGGUUUAAAGGAACAGUAUUAAAACCCAAAAGUGUUUCCUGGAGCCAAAAGGAGGAGAGUAAUCCAACCCAAAGGAUUCUGGGACAGGAUGGAUAUCAUAAAAAGUAUAAAGAGGACAUUUAUGCUUGUGCCAAUGACAGUUAAUGAAUGAUUACUGAGCCGGACAUACAUUUACCUAAAUGAGGAAAACCUGUGUGUUUAUCACGGGACGACCCCCAAAAGCCAUUUAUAAGGCAACUGAAAUCCAACCGAUGUGAACAAAGCAACCAAAACCUUUAUGAUAUCAUUUUUAUAUCUGUUAUGUUUUUUGUAUGCCAAAAUUUGAAAACGUCCAAGUUUUUAUGCAGGUACUGUAAUAAGUCAAUAAUCAAUAUUGAUAUUAGUUAUUAAUUAAAACUCAUUGUAAGAUGUGUUUGUGUCAUGUGUGCUUUCACACUGCAGUUAAAUUUGCUUUUAAACAUGAAUAAAUAUUUCUUUUAUCAUUAAAACAUGGAA